GAGACGGAGAGAGAGUCAUUCCACAGGCACUUGAUUACUUGCUCAUGAGGCAGGAGCAGACCCUCUAUUGUUGACCACAUCCAGGAUGAACCACAGACCGUCAGCGGUUCAUCAUAACAGCCCGAGGGCCAGGAGCCGUGAUAACCUGUUAAUGUGUGAUGAUUUUGGGGAGGAAAACUGUUGCCCUGGACGAUGCCUCGGCUACAUCAACUCGGAGCAGCUCAUGGCUCGCCUCAGCGCGGUCAAGCGACGCCAGGCUCUUCGUGCUCCUGCCUACAUGUUCUGCGGCCCUUUAGUCAGCCCGACUGAGGUUGAGCAGCGUUUCCUGGAGGCAGCUGAGUACGGCAACAUACCAGAGGUGCGCCGCAUGUUGCUCCAUGUGCCCAACCUGAAUGUCAAUGCUGUGGACUACAUGGGCCAGAAUGCAUUGCAGCUGGCUGUAGCCAAUGAGCAUCUGGAGGUGACGGAGCUGCUGCUGGGGAGGGCUGAUUUGGCCAGAGUGGGUGACGCCCUUCUGUUAGCCAUCAGUAAAGGUUAUGUACGUAUCACAGAGGCGCUGUUGGGUCACCCUGCGUUUAGAGAUGCCAACCGUCUAACUGCGAGCCCUGCUCAGGCUGACAUGUUGGAUGACUUCUACGCUUACGACGAGGAUGGGACGCGGUUCUCUCAUGAUGUGACCCCAGUGAUACUUGCAGCACACUGCCAGGAAUACGAGAUAGUUCACACCCUGCUGAGCAAAGGGGCUCGCAUCGAUCCUCCCCAUGACUACUUCUGCAGCUGCGACUCCUGUAACUACCAGCAGCAGUUUGACUCCUUCAGCCACUCGCGGUCGAGGAUCAACGCCUACAGAGGACUCGCCAGUCCAGCCUACCUCUCCCUGUCCAACGAGGAUCCGGUGCUAGCUGCCCUGGAGCUCAGCAGUGAGCUGGCCAUGUUGGCCAACAUUGAGAAAGAAUUCAAGAAUGACUACUGCCGCCUGUCCAGCCAGUGUAAGGACUACGUGGUGGGCCUGCUGGAUCUGUGUCGCAGCACAGAGGAGGUGGAGGCCAUUCUGAGCGGAGAAACUGACGCUGAGGACACCUACGAUCUGCCGGGUCGCCCCUCCCUCACCAGGCUCAAAUUAGCCAUCAAAUAUGAACUAAAAAAGUUUGUGGCUCAUCCUAACUGCCAGCAGCAGCUGCUCAGUAUCUGGUAUGAGAACCUGCCUGGCCUGAGACAACAGACCACUGCCAUCAAACUGCUGGUGGUGCUGGCGGUGGCUGUAGGAUUGCCUGGGCUGGCGCUGGCCUACUGGAUCGCUCCAUGCAGCAGAGUGGGGAAAAUUAUGCGCAGCCCCUUCAUGAAGUUUGUGGCCCACGCCUCAUCCUUCACAAUUUUCCUGGGUCUUCUCAUCCUGAAUGCUGCCGACCGUUUCGCAGGCACCACCCUGUUGCCAAACAUGACCCACCAUCACCACCCUGCAGGAGGACGCCUACUCAGCUUGGACCCGCUGCUGCUCUACCGCAUGACCAUGACGCCCUUCACAUGGAUGGAGAUCCUCAUCAUUUCAUGGGUCAUGGGCAUGAUCUGGGCUGAAGUGAAGGAGAUCUGGAGUCAAGGACCGGGGGAGUACCUGGUCGAGCCGUGGAACUUCUUGGACUUCGGGAUGCUGGCGAUCUUCCUCGCUUCCUUCUGCUGCCGCUUCUCCGCCCUGAGACAUGCUGACUUGGCCCAGACCUAUGUACACACACAUUACACAACACUGAUUAAUGUCACACUGCCCCCCGAGAUACACUACUUUACACUGGCACGGAUCUACUGGUUGCCGUCAGAUCCGCAGCUGGUGUCCGAGGGCCUGUACGCAGUCGCAGUGGUGCUGAGCUUCUCUCGCAUCGCCUACAUCCUCCCAGCCAACGAGAGCUUCGGCCCGCUGCAGAUCUCUUUAGGGAGAACUGUCAAGGACAUUUUCAAGUUCAUGGUCAUCUUCAUCUUGGUCUUUCUGGCGUUCAUGAUCGGCAUGUUUAACCUGUACUCCUACUACCUGGGGGCGAAGCAGAACGACGCCUUCACCACCCUGGAGGAGAGCUUCAAGACAUUGUUCUGGGCUAUAUUCGGGCUGUCUGAGGUCAGGUCCGUCGUGAUCAACAACGGGCACAAAUUCAUCGAGAACAUCGGCUACGUGCUGUACGGGGUCUACAACGUUACCAUGGUGAUAGUGCUGCUCAACAUGCUCAUCGCCAUGAUCAACAGCUCUUUCCAGGAGAUAGAGGAUGACGCAGAUGUCGAGUGGAAGUUUGCUCGGGCCAAACUCUGGUUCUCCUACUUCGAGGAGGGGAGGACGCUCCCCGUGCCCUUUAACCUGAUGCCCAGUCCGAAAUCGAUGCUGGGACUGGCCACAGGUAUCAAGGCCCUGCUCCUGCACUAUGUGGCAGGACGCGGUGAGGAGAACUCUGACACACAGCUCAACCAGGUACCACACAAUGUUCACACGUGUCAUGCAUUACAAGCAUUAUACGCAGCAUUUGUCCUCCAUCAGCUUGUGCAGCAGUGGCAGCAGCAAGUCCACAGUACUUGGUGGAGCUUUAAAGACAAAAGCCUGAGCACCUCACGGUGGUUUCUGUCCUGCACUGCAGGCUCCACCUUUGACCUGAGGACAAGAAGAAAUGACACAGUUAUGUUCAAUUCAGUUAACCUCAGCUUCAUCUUCCAGCUCGGAGAAGGAAAAAAUUCAGGAUAUGGUGCUUCUGCCAGUCCAACCAGGUAUCAGAAGAUCAUGAAGCGACUUAUAAAACGUUACAUCAUCAAAGCCCGAGCCGACAGAGAGAGUGACGAGAUCACUGAAGGUGAGCUGAAGGAGAUCAAGCAGGACAUCUCCAGCCUGCGAUAUGAGCUGCUAGAGGAGAAAUCCCAGAACAAGGAGACGCUGGAGGGGCUGCUGCGGAGGCUGGGAGAGAUCAGUCCACCGUCAUAAAUUGACUGCAUAUGGAACAUUUAAAGUGCCUGUUCAGCAUCACUCAAUGUAGAUAAAUUAUGAUGAUGUCAAAACUUAUAAUAAUAAAAAGAAUGUAUGUAUGGAAUUAUAUAACAUUAAAAUGUAACUUGCUGAUAUCCA